AUGGCAAAGGCGUAUUCCUUUGAUGAGUUUAGCGAGAAUUUUGAGAAAUUGAAGUAUAAUUGCCCUGAGGUAGCACAUGUUCUUCAAAAUGUGCUCCGUUUUCAAAAAUGGAGUAGAGCACACUUAUUGGGCAAUAGGUAUAAAGUAAUGACCAAAAACAUCGCCGAGUCGCUCAACUCGGUUUUAAUGGAUGAACGAGAGUACCCCGUGCCGUACAUAUUCAAUUCAAUUGCUAAAAAAUUUGGUAAAAAGUUUAGGGAGCGGUAUGCUUAUGUCAAUGGUAAAGAGAAUAUAUUUGUUCCUUAUGAGGAAAAGAUCCUAAGGGAUAACAAGAGUGUGAGCGAUUCCUUGUAUAUGACUAAUCCAAACAGGGUUCUUAACCAGUACACAGUGUUUGACAAUGGUGUUACUGCCAAGGUCAAUCUCUUGGAGAGGAGUUGUUCUUGUCAAAAAUUUGACUUGAUGAAAAUGCCAUGCAAACAUGCAAUGGCAGCUUUGUGA